AUGUUCCCCGCGCCGCCAGCAGAUGGCAGUAGACCAGCGACAGCAUUUCCCACGCCCGCUAAAAUUAGGAGUGAUGAUGGUGUGGUACAGAAGACAUCUUCAGUUCAAUGCCAGAAUGAUUGGGAAAUACGUAUUUGGCUGAAAUCCUGUUCCUUACUGGCUGUUCUCUACCCGACUACCGUGUCCAGUGCAGAAACAUUCCAAGCCCUGGAGAAGUUUGAAAGCAGAAAAGAUGACUUAGUAUUGGUGUCCUAUCCCAAGUGUGGUAUUAACUGGCUCAUUCACAUUGUAAAGGAUCUGAUUGCUACGACUUUAAAAACUAAGCAAGAGAAUGAGGAAUUGCCAUUUAUUGAAUGUGGAGAUCCAGAAAAGUAUCAGGUGCUGGUGUUGUUUCGAAAUCCUAAAGAUACGGCUGCCUCCUUUUUCCAUUUUCACAACAGCACUCCAAGCGUUCCCAGUUAUAACUCUUGGGAAGAAUUCUUUUCAAGGUUUAUGAAUGGACAAGUUGCCUUAGGAACCCCUAUUUUGACCAUGCAGUCACUUGGAACAAACAUAUGGAUGAUGAAAAUGUUCCGAUCUUGA